CUCCAUCCCGGAACCCGGCUCUCAGUCCCUCCCCGCUCCGUGCUGUUUCCCGUCCUCGUGUUCCUAUUGCCGGUCGCCCCGUUCCGCCCGGCCAUGGAGUACCUGGCGGCUCCCGCGGCGCCCACGCAGGGCAACAUCCUCUGCUGCCAUUGCGGCGUGCCCAUCCCGCCCAACCCGGCCAACAUGUGCGUGGGCUGCCUAAGGGCACGCGUGGACAUCACCGAGGGCAUCCCCAAACAGAUCGGAGUCAGCUUCUGCAAGCAGUGCGAGAGGUACCUUCAGCCUCCAGGAACUUGGAUUCAAUGUGCCUUAGAAUCAAGAGAGCUUCUUGCUUUGUGUCUUAAAAAAAUUAAAGCUUCACUUAGCAAGGUCCGGCUGAUCGAUGCAGGCUUUAUUUGGACCGAACCACAUUCUAAGAGACUGAAGCUGAAACUGACUGUUCAGAAGGAGGUGAUAAAUGGAGCAGUUCUGCAGCAAGUGUUUGUGGUGGAAUAUCUGGUUCAGCCACAGAUGUGUGAAGACUGUCAUAGGAUUGAAGCUAAGGAUUUCUGGAAAGCUGUGGUUCAAGUCAGACAAAAGACUCUGCACAAAAAGACUUUCUACUAUUUGGAGCAGCUGAUCUUAAAACACAGGCUUCAUCAAAAUACACUUCGCAUCAAGGAAAUCCACGAUGGCCUGGAUUUUUACUAUUCUUCAAAGCAACGCGCUCAGAAGAUGGUAGACUUUCUUCAGUGUACAGUUCCAUCCAGGUCGAAGUCAUCCCAGCGCUUGACCUCACACGAUGUUCACAGUAAUGUCUACAACUACAAAAGCACUUUCUCCGUGGAAAUUGUUCCAGUGUGCAAGGACAAUGUUGUAUGUUUGUCACCAAAACUGGCACAGAGUCUUGGUAACAUGAGCCAGAUCUGUGUGUGCAUUAGAGUCACAAGUACUGUCCACCUCAUUGAUCCAAACACUCUGCAAAUUGCUGAAAUCGAUGGAAAUACCUACUGGCGCCAUCCUUUCAAUAGCUUGUUCAACCCAAAGCAGCUUGAGGAAUUUAUUGUUAUGGAUAUCAGUCGAGUUCAAGAAAAGAAGAAACCUGCAGGUGCAGGGGCAAGAUCAAAUAAACACACGCUGGCUGAAGCCUGGGUAAAGAAAACUUCGGAGCUGGAUACAGAUCAUCAGUAUUUCUGCUGCACUCACUUGGGACACAUUCUAAGUCCCGGCGACCUUGUCUUGGGAUUUGACUUGGCCAACUGUAACUUGAAUGAUGAGUUUGUGAAUAAGAUGAGCCCACAAAAUAUCCCUGAUGUGGUGUUGAUAAAGAAGAGCUAUGACCGUGCCAAGCGCCAGCAUCGCAGAAACUGGAAACUGAAAGAGCUGGAAAGAGACAGAGAAGGCAUGGAUACAGAUGAUGAAAGACAAUACCAGGACUUCCUUGAAGAUCUGGAAGAAGAUGAAGCCAUAAGGAAAAAUGUCAACAUUUACAGAAAUGUGGACAUUCCAGUGGAGAGUGACACAGAUGAUGAUGGGGCCCCUCGGAUCAGCCUGGCUGAAAUGCUGGAGGAUCUCCAUAUUUCUGAGGAUGCCACCGGUGGGGAAGGAGCGAACAUGAUGACAGAAUAAGCAAAGAGCAUUAAGUAAUGCAAUUAGUGUUUCCCUGGGGAGGAGAACAUACCCCAAAUAAGCAAACACUGUGAACUGUGAUCACAUGAAUACAAAAAGUAAUAUUUUAUCUACAACCAUACCUCUAAAUCACAUUUCUGAAUUAGUAUUUCAUGUAUAAUUAUUUAGAAGGUCAGCGAUUGCAAGUAAAGCUUCUGUACAAACACGGUAAAAUAUAAGUUCCACAAGUUCUUCUCCUCUCUGAGAGUUUUCUCCUUGCAGCUUCUUGUAAGGUAAAGACCAGGUGACUAACUUUGGUUUUAUCCACUGGGAAUAUUAAUUGUUCUGCACCGAUGACAGCUAAUAAAGAAAAAUGUCCAUUGGGAGAGAUUUUGUUCUGGUUUGUUACACUUGUAGGUACAGUGCCUUACCUACUGUUUAUUGUUUUCAUUUCUUUACCUGAAAUGGAUUUUUCCUGUUUUAAUCUUUUUGGCACAGUGAUUUAUUGAAGCCUUUUAUUAUGAUGGUAGGCUAUUCCAUGUAACAGUUUUCUGGGGAGGUUUAAGAAUUUUCUGAUCCUGUCAAUAAGGAAAUCCCGAGUAUUAGUGUUGGGCACACAAAUUGCUAGAACGUGCAGCCCACAGUCAGAAAGAUUUGAGACUAUUUUAAAAGGUGAUGAAUAUUGUAUUGUACUAUAUUCCAUGCCUAUAUCAGUGGAUUAAAUGCAGUUUGUAUAAUCUCUGAUUAAUAUGCUGUGACAUACUAUACAUAAAGACACUUUUGUCUCAAAAUCUGCCUGAGUUUUUGCAGGUAAUAAACUGGUUGGACAACAUUUGA